GUUGCGCAAUAUUGUAUCCGAGCUAACAUUUCUUGUAAAACGUUUUAAAGAUUUGAAUAACUUUAACUGGUAACUGCGAAUUACCUGAGGUAAAAUCAGCGAACGCAGCGAAAUGGAGGGGUUGUCUGAAGAGCAAGUCCAAGAAUACAAAGAUGCUUUCUACAUGUUCGACAGGGAUAAUAAUGGUUACAUUACCACAAGUGAACUGAACUCAAUAAUGAGAACCUUAGGAUUCAACCCAACAGAAGAGGACUUACAGCAGAUGAUUUUCACCGUGGAUUACGACGGUGAUGGUAGAUUAAACAUGGAGGAAUAUAUACAACUCAUGGAACAGCAGAAAAAACCUGAGGAGAGAGAAGAAGACAUCAUUCAAGCUUUUAGGGUUUUUGACUCGGAGAACAAAGGAUACAUUGAAUCAGCUGAGCUAAGAGAACUUCUGGAAAAUAUGGAUUGGAAAGUCUCCGCAGACGACCUGAAAGAUUUGAUAACAAGUGCUAACCUCCAUCAGGACAGAAAGAUUAGUCUGGAUGAGUUUGCUUGGCUUGUAGAACCCGAGGGAAUGCCAGUUAUAGAAGACAAAGAAGACCAAGAGAUAAACGACCAAUAACUCACUUACGACACAAUGUGAAAGAAAUCUACUUCAUCCAAGCUUCUAGCGCCCUUAUCACCAUUAUUGAAGUCAUCACCUUUAUCAUCACCAUCAUUGUCACUGUUAUUGUCAUUUCCAUGUACAUUGUCAUGGUACCAAUUAAAAUACAUUCCUUUAGCGUAGUAAGAGAUCGAAUAAGUCGGAUUACUUACCCCUUAAACCUAACACAUUGAAAAGCUCCUAGUUUUUUUUUUCAGUGUCACUCCUAAAUUGAACAUUACGGUCAUGAUAAUGAAGGAAACGAUCGUCAAAUAAAGACGUUUUAGUUUGUUUUAAGACGAAUUUUCUCUGAAAGUUUCAUAGGAAAUGUACACAGAACAGUAUGGAGAAUAUGUACUUUGACUUUAGGUUUAAAAGGUCAGUACACGAAAUGUUUCUAGUAGGGAAUUGAUAACAUCUCUUGCGUGACUUUGUUCAUCUGCAGUGAGGUACUUAAGACCACUUUUCUUUUGAACUUAAACACGGCGUCAUUACGACUCCGAAACGUCACCCGCUUACAAAGUUCCGAUGAUAAUUAUCUUCAUCAAACAAAGAAAUGUUUUACUUUGGUCACGACACUGAGAUAGCUGAUAAUUUUUUUUUUUUUUUUUUAUUAAAAACUCUUCUUUUGCCUUUCAAUCAAGUUAUCCAUUUUCCUUUUUUCGAUUCAACACCGAUUAAUGACUAGUUGAUAGUUUGAUAUACAGUAAGUACAAAUGCACGUCCUUUCAGAUCGAAUCGAAAAAAAACGGGUAUAAUUGUUAAUAAUAUUAAAGAACAAAGUUCAAAUC